UGGAAUGGAUGAUGUCGGAAGUACAGGGCACUGUGGAGUUCUCACUGGAGCUGCACAAGUUUCACAAUGUGGAUCUCUUCCAGAGAGGCUUCUAUCAGGUGAGGGCAGGUCUACGCGUGUCUCCUCGGGUUCCCCACAGAAUCACUGCCAUAACACCUGGAUACACAGGCGAGUGCAGUUUCAGCAGCGCUGGGGUUCACGACGGCGGGGUGUUCAGUCGGAUCUUUCAGAUCCUGUACAGGAAUGAGGAGGUGACCCUGGAGGACCGCAUGAGCUUCAGAGUGCACCUGCUGCUGGACGGUGAGAGGGUGGAGGAAGCCAUGAGUGAGGUGGACGUCCAGCUCAAACUAGAUCUGCACUUCACUGACAACGAACAGCAGUUGGCGGAUCUCGCUUCAGUGCCUCUGAUUAGCAGCAGGACGUUGGGUUUGCACUUCCAUCCUCACCAAGGCCUACAUCACCACCUGCCCGUCAUGUUUGACUACUUCCACCUGUCCGUCAUCUCCGUCUCAAUCCACGCUUCCCUGGUGGCGCUGCACCAACCACUGAUCAGUUUUGCACGCAGUGGAAGGGGGUCGUGGCUGGGGAAAGGGUCUCCCGAAAGCGAAGCUCCGCCCUCUGCGAUGUCAGUGGAGAACCUGAUGUUUGGGGCUGGAUACUGCAAACCUGUUCCAACAGAGGGCAGUUUUUACGUGCCAUCAGAGAACUGUCUGCAGAGAGCGUACACGUGGCACCGGCGCAUCUGUAAACUGUUGCUGGCGUCUCACAGAGCUCUGCGCUCGUAUUACACAGUACUGAUGAAGGAGAUCCCUCAACUGCAGAGCAAAGAGAUGGAGGACCUUCCCCUUGAAGAAACAUUAAACCAGCUGACCAUUGAACUGCAGCUGCAGAGUGGCCAUGAGAAGGUAGCUGAACAGAUCAGUAAAGACCUGACGCAGCUCUGUGCUCAGCUGUCGGCUCUUUGGACACAGUUUUUGGAAGCCACGGUUCCUAAUCCACAUAUCCGCUCAUACCUGGCCCAGGAGCACCACACGCUCAGGGUCAGGAGAUUUUCUGAAGCGUAUUUCUUCACGGAACAUCACAAAGAGUCGUCGCUUACAUUUCAGGAGGAGCUUAUCAACAGACACGCACAGGUGGCCACAGAGAUGCGCAACUCUGAUUACCUGCUCCGAAUGCCUCCACUUCCUGUGGAAUGCCUGGACAUUGACGGAGACUGGAACAGCCUGCCAAUCAUCUUCGAGGACAGAUACGUGGACACGCCCUGUUUAGACUACAACCUCCAUGAGCAAAAUCAGACUGUCUUGAACUCUCAGCCGUCUCCUGAGCCAACCAGAACUAUUGAAGGAAUACAGGACACUAACUCACCAGCAUCAGCCCCUGAGAAACCCACGGACAUGGAUUUGCCCACGGACAUGACGCUGAUUGGCCAGCAGGAGGACCGCAUCACUGAUUAUAAAGAGACCGGACCACAAGCAGAGACUCUGAUUGGCCGUGUGUGUGAGGCAGAUAUUGACAGAAGCGAACGCAUCGUGACGAGCAGAGAUUCAAGAAUUGAGUCUGUUGAUGAAGCCACAUGCCGAUAUGAAACCGAGGAAGGAUUCGAUGUCGACUGUAGGUCUGUGGACAGCGAUGAAGCAAUAGAUACAGAUAACCUGGAGAGAACUAGUUGCCAAACGGUUAACUUUGAUGAAUCUGAACAUGCAGGUCUAAAACAAACUGAUAUUACACAAAGUACUGAUUUGAGGAGCAGGCAGACACUGGCACUUCCCGACCACACCAGUCUUGACAGCUUUGAGUUCUUGCCCACUCACAACCAUGACAACCAUCUUCAAACACCAAGCAAUACUGGGAGUCUUGGCAACGAGGAGCCACAGUCGGAUGACAGAUAUAUUGAAGCGCCUGCAAAGGGUUAUGGGAGCCAGGAUACUUCACCAGCUACUCUACUGAACACCAAGUCUCCUUCUCGUAACGUUCUACAACAGAACCGUCGCUUGUCCGAGAACCCUCCCAGGGGGGUAUUCUUGGCCGGGGCUAAGUUAAUAAACCGCUCCUCCUCCGUGAUCUCAGACUCCGGUAUUGAGAGCGAGCCAAGCUCUGUGGCCUGGACCCUGGAGGGUCCAGGAGUUGUCGCAGGGGGUCGUGACGUCUUGGCGCGGUGUCGGGCGGCACAUCAGAGCUCUCUCGAGGGCCUGCAGACGGAAAGUCACGGAAGCCUUCCCAGUGCCACACAGGCCUCUUUGACCUCCAUCAGCUCGCUACCGUACGAAGAGGAGGAGGAGAGGCAGCUCAACACUUUGACCAAAUCUGUCUCGGCGCCGCAGAUCAGCAGCCCCGACGACACCGAGGAGGAUCAGGUGGACUGCGUGGCCAAUCAUCUGAGGCUGAGUGAGGUGAAUCCGAAUCUUCAAGACGUUAUUAGAGAGGACAAAGAAGAAACAACCAAUCGAGAGAAGAUGAACGUUUGUAUGGCCAAUCAGCUGAGGCUGAGUGAGGAAGCAGCCAGUGAGGGGAAGCCGAAUCUUCAAGGUGUUACUAGGGAGGACGGAAACGAAACAACCAAUCAGGAGAAGAGGAAUAUUUGUGAGGCCAAUCAGCUAAGGCAGAGGACUGAAGCAGCCAAUGAGGUGAAGCGGAAUCUUCAUGGUGUUACUAGGGAGGACGGAAACGAAACAACCAAUCAGGAGAAGAGGAAUAUUUGUGAGGCCAAUCAGCUAAGGCAGAGGACUGAAGCAGCCAAUGAGGUGAAGCGGAAUCUUCAUGGUGUUACUAGGGAGGACGGAAACGAAACAACCAAUCAGGAGACUGACCCCAUUGAGUCGUCCAAUCAGGAAAAGACAAGUCUUGCUUUUGUAAAUACAGAAGUGUUACUAUACCAGCAAUUUCUAAUGGAUAACGGUGUUGAAAAUGUCACACUGACUGAAAACUCGGAGGAAUGUCAAGGAAACGUAUUGCUUAAAGUGUAUUCUGGUGUAAUGGAUGACAAGACAGAGAUUUGUUGUGAAAAUGAAUACUGCGAGUCAAACGCGUAUCAAAAGGACCAUGAUGACAUCAGUGUUUGUAACAUUCAUUUGAAUGAACUUGAGGAAGUAAGUAUGGAGAACUUCACGGGUUUACCAACCAAUGACAAGAGCGGUCACAGAAUAACAGCCAAUGAGAAAGAAAGGCUCGCAGAUCUAAUCAAGCUUCCGGCCAAUGAGAGAGAGCAGCAGGCGCUAGAGGGGCAGAGCAGAGCCAAUAAAGUGCAAAGUACAGGUCUGGCAUUCAUGAAUAAAAAGGUGGUGGAGGUUGUGAACCUGUCGGUGUCGUGCGCUCCCACGUGUCUGCCCUUCUCGUCCGUACUUCGCGAUUCACCGUCGGUCAGUGGAAUCUCCACACGCCAAGCCACCUCCCCAAUUACCCAUCAACCCCUGGGCUCUUUCGGCAUCAUCUCCUCUAACACCUUCUUCGGGGAUGACCAGGAAAUCAACGAGCGAAUGAUCAACUUCUACAAGGCAAAGGAAGCCCUGCUGAGUGAGCUGGUGUUCAGAGGCACUCUCUACAGUGAUCUGCCUCACCUCGCCUCCGAUCAUCCAUACUUCCCCCCUGAGGAAGACGACACAGAGUUUGAGGAUGGGAUACACCUCGUGGUGUGUGUCCAUGGACUUGAUGGUAACAGCGCUGAUCUGCGGUUGGUCAAAACAUUUAUAGAGCUCGGGCUGCCGGGAUCUAGACUGGACUUCCUCAUGUCAGAACGCAACCAGGUGGACACAUUUGCAGAUUUUGACACCAUGACUGAUAGACUUAUGGACGAGAUAAUUCAGCACAUCCAGCUGUACAACCUCACCAUCAACCGAAUCAGUUUUAUCGGGCACUCUUUGGGGAACGUCAUCAUUCGCUCUGUUCUGACCCGACCCAGAUUUCGCUGUUACCUCUGUAAACUCCACACAUUCCUGUCCCUGUCUGGACCCCACCUGGGAACGCUGUAUAACAACAGCACACUAGUCAGCACAGGUUUAUGGCUAAUGCAGAAACUGAAGAAGUCCGGAUCUUUACUCCAGCUUACGUUCAGGGACCACACUGACCCACGACAGACCUUCCUCUACAGACUCAGCAAGAAACCAGGUCUUCAGUUCUUCAAGAACGUGGUGUUGGUGGCCUCCCCACAGGACCGAUACGUGCCCUUCCACUCGGCCCGCAUUGAGAUAUGUCGGACAGCCCUUAAAGACAGAACCACAGGUCCGGUGUAUACAGAGAUGAUCAAUAACUUACUCCAGCCAUUGCUGAGCGCUCCAAACUGUCGUUUGAUCCGACAAAACGUGUUCCAUGCGUUACCGAACACGGCCAACACGCUGAUCGGACGCGCGGCUCACAUCGCGGUGCUUGACUCUGAACUCUUCCUGGAGAAGUUUCUUCUGGUGGCCGGGCUCAACUACUUCAAAUAGCCAAGCUUCAGAGAUGACAUCAUCUGCAGUUCUGUGGGAGAGCCAAUCAGCCUACAACCUCGCAUCAGCCAAUCACAUUUCAUUUCAGAGUCAUAAUGAGCUCUGGAGUUUUUUUUUUCAAUAAGUUCAGUCCAUGGAUGCAAAGAGAACAGAAAUUGAAGAUUCAGAACAUCAAUCUGAAUACAUCUAUGUAAAAUUUGUACAGAAAGAACACUAUAGCGGAAGGCCUACACACGCCUUAAUGAAGCUUCGACGUAGUAACUUAACAUUGAAUAAUCAUAACUGGAGUUAAUCAUUUGAAUGUAAAUUCAGUGUGUAGCUGGUUCUUCAUUCCUUCCAGACACCGAACGUAAGUCUGCUGCGCCGUUUGUAACUUGAAGAGGUAGAUAUCACUGGACUUUAAUACUUGAAGAGUCACUUGACGUUUAAGUCUCGCUUUAUGAGAACGCUUAAGUGUUUUCAUGUUCUCAUUCUUUUAUAGUUUGUGUUUCGACGGUCAUGUUGUGAAGUGAGAAUCUCACUGUGAAAUAAGCCAAAUCCAUUCCCUGUAACAGUAUUCAUUUGGUGAGAAGAGCUCAUGAUCUGAAUGUGUUUACCAUUCCAGCCUUAACUACCACAAAGUGAGUAUUUCUCAACAUUUUCUGUCUUGUCAGUGUUUUGUUGAUUCAUUUUCAAAUGGUUAGUUCACUUCUGUCAUCAUUUACACACCAUUCAUGCCAUUCCAAACCAGAGUUCUUCUUUCAUAGCCCUAUAAAAACAUGAAGAAGAAAAAACCCAGUCAUCAUAAAGCUGAUUUUAAAAUGAUACAUUCUUGUAAGACAUUUUUUAAAUAAGUUUUCUGCAGUUUAACUGUUUGAGCGAGCAUUCAUAACUAUUUUCUUUUUAAAUACUGGAUGUAUAUGAAAGAGGUUUUGCCAUCACACUCAACAGAAAAUGUAUGCUCAUGCUUUUGUGACACACUCUUCCGAACAUUAACGAUAUACUUUCAUAGAUUUUGCAAGGCAGGACAGCGUGAUACUUGCAUACUUGAAUUGUAAUUGGUUUUCUUUCUUUCAUACUAAAACGUGUGGUAGUUUCUUUUCCUUUUUUUACAUCCAUCCUAUCAUCUUUAGCCUCCUUUACCUUACACUUACCACAGAAAUUACGUCUCUAAGAAAGGCUUUGAUUGAAUGGAAAGGUUUAGUAGUUUAGUCAUUUUAGUAAGUUUGUAAUUUAUUCCAGUGAUCAUUACUCCAGUCUUCAGUGUCACAUGGCCCUUCAGA